GGCUUGGAAAAAAAAGAAAAAAAAAAAGAGGCAAAAUCCAAUUCCUCCCUGCAGGACAAUGUCGAUGAGCCCCAAGCAUACGACCCCCUUUUCAGUGUCCGACAUCCUGAGUCCUCUGGAGGAGAGCUACAAGAAGGCGGCCAUGGACCACGGGAGCGGCGCGCAGCUGCAGGCGAGCUACCGGCAGCCGCAGGUGUCCCAGGCGGCCAUGCAGCAGCACCACAUGGGCCACAACGGCGGCGUGUCGGCCUACCACAUGAGCGCCGCCGGGGUGCCGCAGCUGUCCCACGCCGCCGCCGCCGCCGCCGCCGCGGUGGGCGGCUACUGCAACGGCAACAUGGGCGAGCUGGCGCCCUACCAGGACGGCAUGAGGGGCAGCGCCACGGCCGCGGGCUGGUACGGAGCCAACCCGGACCCCCGGUUCUCCACCAUUUCCCGCUUCAUGGGCUCCUCCUCGGGCAUGAACAUGGGCGGCAUGGGCGGCCUGGGCUCCCUGGCGGAGGUCCACGCCAAGGGCAUGGGCUCCCUGGCGUCCACCCCGCGGAGGAAGCGGCGGGUCCUCUUCUCGCAGGCGCAGGUCUACGAGCUGGAGCGACGCUUCAAGCAGCAGAAGUACCUCUCGGCCCCGGAGAGGGAGCACCUGGCCAGCAUGAUCCACCUCACCCCCACGCAGGUGAAGAUCUGGUUCCAGAACCACCGCUACAAGAUGAAGCGGCAGGCCAAGGACAAGGUGACCCAGCAGCAGAUGCAGCCGGACGGGGGUUCGUGUCAGCAGCAGCAGCAGCAGCAGUCCCCGCGCCGGGUGGCGGUGCCGGUGCUGGUGAAGGACGGCAAGCCGUGCCAAGGCAGCGGGCAGCACACGCCCGCCGCCGCGCAGACCCACCCGCACCCGCACCCGCACCCGCACCAUCACCACCAGCACCCGCAGCAACACCCGCCGCAGGCCGCCAACGUCAUGCUCAUGUCCGCCGGCGGCAACCAGGCGCACCAGCAGCCGGUGGGCAGCGCCGGGCACUCCCCGGACUUGGGCCCGCAUUCCUCCAGCCCGCCCGCGCUGCAGAGCCAGGUGCCCGGCCUCUCGCACCUCAACUCCCCCGGGGCCGAGUACGGCUCGGCGCUGCAGUGCUCGGCGCUCUUGUACGGCAGGACGUGGUGACCAUGAGUACGAAAAAAAAACAGAAAAAAAACCCAGAAAGACUUCU